UUCAAAUUUUUCCGUUAUUUUCGAGUCAAGUUUCGUGAAGAAGGUAACGGCAGCUCCGCCAGAAAUAAUUUAAAAAUAGCUGCAAUAAAUUAACGUGCUGACUCUCUGAGUUAGCUAAAUCGUAUUAACAGAAGGAAUAACUAGCACAAACAGAAAUGGAGAUCCAGAUGCGCAGGCACAGAACGGUGCAGAUCCAGGACCAGGAGAACAUUUACGCGAACAAGGGCAAGAGUAACCUGGCUCUGCCGGUGAAGAAGCAGGGCCUGUCUGUCCGCGGGGCGCUCGGGGAAGUGAACAGCAAUGUGCAGGCUCAGCGUGAUGUGGCCGUGGGGAAGGUGGCGUAUGCGACGGCCGAGUUCGAGAAGAAGGCCACCCUGACCCGCGCUGCUGCGAAAUGCAACACCAACUACAGCCAUGUCCAGUCGAAGGUGGACACGGGGCGCGCCACCAAGCCGGUCAUCCAGCCGUCCUCCCGACCCCCACUGAGACGGGAGGAGAGCACCGCCAACCUCGCUGCCAAGGCUGCUGCCCGCUCUAAGGCAGCCUUCAAAGAGAUUUCUGGCAACAGAAACAAUGAAAUCAUCUUCAAGAAGGACUCAAAGAAGUCUAGCAAACUUUCAUCAGUGAAAGAAGUGAAGCCGGAUGAAACAAGGGAAUCAACUCUGAAACCCAUCAUCAAGGAGCAGACACAAACUCUGCAGAUGCUAUCUCUGGAGUCCGACGCCUCAACUGAUGAUGAAUGCUCCUCGCUGCCCAGUGACAUUGAAGACAUUGAUGCAGGAGACAACAGCAGUCCGCUGCUCAUGUCCAUGUAUAUCAAGGACAUCUACCGCUACCUGAUUGAGCUAGAAGAGAAGUACCCUGUGGGUGAAGACUACCUUAAAAACCAGUCGGUGAUCACGGGCAAGAUGCGCGCGACGCUGAUGGACUGGCUGGUGGAGGUGCAGCGGCAGUUCUCGCUGCUGCUGGAGACCUUCCAGCUCACCGUCGGCAUCAUCGACCGGUAUCUACAGGCGGUCCCGAACGUGCAGCGCAACGAGCUGCAACUAGUCGGUGUAACAGCCAUGUUCAUAGCGAGCAAGUACGAGGAGAUCUACGCGCCGGACGUGGGCGACUUCGUGUACGUGACCGACAACGCGUACAGCAAGCAGGACGUGUUCCGCUGCGAGAGGGAGAUCAUGUGCAAGCUCGGCUUCUGCCUCGCCCGGCCCAUCCCGCUCAGCUUCUUGAGGAGGUUCAUCAAGGCGGCGCACGGCUCGUCCAAGAACCACCACCUGGCCAAGUACCUCGUGGACCUGUGCCUCGUGGACUACAACAUGUCGCACUACCGGCCCUCGGAGCUGGCGGCGGCCGCCAUCUGCCUCUCCCUCCACCUGCUGUCCUCCAAGAAGCUGCCAGACAUCUGGACGCCCACCCUCGUGUACUACUCCGGCUACACCUUCGCACAUAUCCAGCCAAUCAUGAGGAAGAUCGCCGUCAUCGUCAUCAGCGCCGAAACGUCUAAAUACAAGGCGGUGUACAACAAGUAUCUUGAUACCUCUCUAGCGAAGGUCUCAAGCCUGCCCCAGCUGAAGGGAGAAGCGAUAUACGAACUAGUGAAGAUAACCGAGUAAACUUGACGAGGAUUUGACGAAACGUUUUAUGGAUUUUAAUGCGACUGAGUUUUGUGUAAGCUUGUUUUAGGUACCUGCUGUGUUAGCUUAAUUUUUAGGUAUGGUUUAUGUGUGACUGAGAGUCGGUGGACAGUAUUGAAGUGCUCAGUCGAGUGAUUUUUGAAAUGUGUAAAUUUUACUUAUUGCCAAUGAACAUUUGUUUUAGGUUUAACAACGUAUAUAUUAUGUGCGUGAGACAUUAGUUAUAACAGGUAUUUUAGAGUAAUUUAUCAUUGUUUGUAUUAUUAUUGACAUUUUUAUACCAAUAAAUGUACAUCUUUGGUAGAACUACUGCAUAUUAUGACAUGACGAGUUUGGGAGGUUGGGUAUAAGCAUCUCUAGAGUGAGAUGAAGGAAGAAUGUACUGAUUUUGAAUUCCUGGCAUAAGGUGUGAUUUUCUGACUAGAUCAAUGUAAUGUUUUAUUUCGAGUUGUAUAAUUUUAAACAUAAUUUGUGGUAAGUUUAUGUAAUUUUAAUUAGAUAUACACGGAUAACUUUGUUAAUAAAUAAAAUAAUGUAUUUAAUUAAAA